AAAUUUGGAUCUAAUGGAAAAGUCUUAACUUCGACCAUGUGGUGAAACGAGUUAGAAUAAUGAGAUAUCUGAAUUCAGUAAUAGGAUUAUCUAAGAAAAGAAAAGAGAAUGUGGAUGGAAAAUAUUAUUAAAGCGGAUGAACCAGAAAAAUCACGUAUUUGAUUUGAUAAGAAAAUUACACUAACUUGCAGUUGCCGCUUACGAACAAUUUGAAGUGGCACUGAAGGCGAAGGAGAAUUCAGAAACGGUGAGAAACUCGUCAGGUUCUUACCAAAAUUCGGAUCAAUGUUGCAUAUUGCAUCUUCCCCAGCCUUAUCCUUAACCUAUCCCAGGAGAAACCUUCAUUAUCGUCAUUAUUCAACAAAGCCUUUAGUUAAAACAACUUUUUCUGUUCGUUGUUCGGUGCCACAGACAAAUAAAGUUGAAUUUACUCCUUGGCUCAUUGUUGGUUUGGGUAACCCUGGAAAUAAAUACCAUGGCACUAGGCACAAUGUUGGAUUUGAAAUUAUUGAUAGCCUUUCUCAAACAGAAGGCAUUCUCAUGAAUACAAUACAGUCAAAAGCAUUGAUUGGAAUAGGUUCUAUAGGAGAAGUACCGGUUUUGCUGGCAAAGCCUCAAACAUACAUGAAUUUUAGUGGGGAAUCGGUUGGACCACUUGCUGCAUAUUAUCGAGUACCUUUGCGUCAUAUUCUACUAGUUUAUGAUGAAACUAGCCUUCCAAAUGGUGUUUUAAGACUUACACCUAAAGGUGGACAUGGGCAUCACAAUGGAUUGAAAAAUGUGAUAGGCCAUUUGGAUGGUUCCCGUGAUUUUCCUCGACUUGCAAUUGGAAUUGGAAAUCCUCCUGGAACUAUGGAUUUAAGAGCAUUUCUUCUACAAAAGUUUAGUUCAGUGGAAAGAAAGCAGGUUGAUGAAUCAUUGGAGCAAGGAGUUCAAGCUGUUAGGACCUUAGUGCUCAAUGGGUUUAAUCACCAUGUCAAUAGAUUCAAUUUAGGGCAAAAAUACAAGUACAAUAAAGUUUAAUUUCUCUCAAAUGUACCACUAGUUUUUGGUUAUAGAUGAAAUGAAAUCCAUGGUUACCUCAUUGUGUAUGCUUGCAUUUUCACCUACAAGCUUGGCCUAAUCUGUUGAUUCGUGCCGUUCUCA